GCGCCUGAGGCGAAAACGCCUGACUCCAACCUGGGCCUUCGCUGCACAGCCUCCUUUUCCGGCGGAUUACCAGCCUCUCGCCCUCUCGCCUCCUGCGCGCCCCUCCACCCGUCCUGGCCGCCCCCCGGCGCCCUGACCGCCAUGCGGCUGCGGCCUCUGGCCCCAGGUGGGCCCUGGCGGAGCACCGCCCGACGCUUACCUGUGUGCAGUGGCAGCAGCCCUGCGCUGCCGCUGCUGCUGCUGCUCCUCCUGGACUGCUGCCUGGGGGUCUCAGGGGUGGCGGCGGGCUCGCGGAGGCCCAACGUGGUGCUGCUGCUCACAGACGACCAGGACGAAGUGCUCGGCGGCAUGACCCCCCUAAAGAAAACCAAGGCCCUCAUCGGAGACAUGGGGAUGACCUUCUCCAGUAGUUAUGUGCCAACUGCACUUUGCUGCCCCAGCCGAGCCAGCAUCCUGACGGGGAAGUACCCUCACAAUCAUCACGUUGUGAACAACACCUUAGAGGGAAACUGCAGCAGUAGCUCUUGGCAGAAGAUCCAAGAGCCCAAUACUUUCCCAGCAAUCCUCAGAUCAAUGUGUGGUUAUCAAACCUUCUUUGCAGGGAAAUACCUGAAUGAGUACGGAGCCCCUGGUGCGGGAGGACUGGAGCACGUGCCGCUGGGCUGGAGUUACUGGUAUGCCUUGGAAAAGAAUUCUAAAUACUACAAUUACACUCUCUCCAUCAACGGGAAGGCGCGGAAGCAUGGUGAAAACUACAGUGUCGACUACCUGACAGAUGUCUUGGCUAACGUCUCCUUGGACUUCCUGGACUACAAGUCGAACUUUGAGCCAUUCUUCAUGAUGAUCUCCACUCCAGCACCUCACUCGCCAUGGACAGCGGCACCCCAGUACCAAAAGAGCUUCCAGAACGUCUUUGCACCAAGAGACAAAAACUUCAACAUCCAUGGAAUGAACAAGCACUGGCUAAUUAGGCAAGCCAAGACCCCAAUGAGUAAUUCUUCAAUACAGUUUCUAGAUAAUGCGUUCAGGAGAAGGUGGCAAACGCUCCUCUCCGUUGAUGACCUUGUGGAGAAACUGAUAAAGAGAUUGGAGUACAAUGGGGAGCUCAACAACACGUACAUCUUCUAUACGUCAGACAACGGCUAUCACACAGGACAGUUUUCUUUGCCGAUAGACAAGCGACAGCUGUAUGAGUUUGACAUCAAAGUUCCACUCUUGGUCCGAGGUCCUGGGAUCAAACCAAAUCAGACAAGCAAGAUGCUCGUCGCCAACAUUGACUUGGGGCCCACUAUUUUGGAUAUCGCGGGCUAUGAUCUGAAUAAGACGCAGAUGGAUGGAAUGUCUUUCUUACCCAUUUUGAGAGGCGCUGGUAACCUGACCUGGCGAUCAGACAUCCUGGUCGAAUAUCAAGGAGAAGGACACAAUGUCUCAGACCCAACCUGCCCUUCCGUGGGUCCUGGAGUAUCGCAAUGCUUCCCAGACUGCGUGUGUGAAGACGCAUAUAACAACACCUACGCUUGUGUCAGGACCAUGUCAACCUCGUGGAACUUACAGUAUUGCGAGUUUGAUGAUCAGGAGGUGUUCGUGGAGGUCUACAACCUGACUGCAGACCCACACCAAAUAACCAACAUCGCUAAAACCAUCGACCCCGAGCUCUUGGGAAAGAUGAACUAUCGGCUGAUGAUGUUACAGUCCUGUUCCGGACCAACCUGUCGCACGCCAGGGGUUUUUGACCCCAGGUACAGAUUUGACCCUCGCCUCAUGUUCAGCAAUCACGGCAGUGUCAGGACUCGAAGGUUCUCUAAACAGACUCUGUAGCGACACACCCAGCCUCUGCAGUUGGAUCCCUGCACGCCUCUUUCUGAUGAAGUGAUUGCAGUAGGUGUCUGUAGCUAGUCUUCAAGACCACGCCUGGAGGAGUUUCUGGCUUUGUGUUCAGUCCUGUUUGAAAGCCCCAUCAGCUGACUUCCUCGUGCAAUGUGUGCAACUGUGACCUCUAACCCCAUGGUGGGUGGGGCUGCCCUGGGCCCCUCCAGUCCGCCAGUCAUGAGCUCACCUGAGGUCUUUGCUCUUGCCCUAUCUUUUCUGUCACGGGGCCACCAUCCUUGAUUCUACCCUAUGUGUCAAAGUCUGAACUUGUAAACUGACUCAGAUCAAUGGCAAUACUGUAGGGCAAAAAGAAAAAAAAUUCCAAAAAAAUUAUUUUGGCAUAUACCUUGGUCCCAAAGCCAAGGACUUACAAGAGCAUUCCACAUUGAGCCCUUCACUAGCAAAAAAUACUAACGUGGCUUAAAAACAAACAAAACAACAGAGCUGGCGCAGUAGCAUUGCUUUUAGAUCAGUAAACUUUAAGGGUACAUUUCCUGCCUGCCCAUCACCCUGUGGUCAGGUUGCAAAUCCUAAACCUGCCAACCAAACCGUGGGGGCGUGGUUUGCAUGCUUGUUUUUGAUUUCUAACUGCUCCGAAGAUGAAACCGAAGCAGCAUCACUUGCUGAAGUACGGCCGCCUCCUGCCCACGGGCGAAUCUCCCAGAACCCGGGCCACAGCAGGAGGGCCCCUUUCCCUUUCCGGUCUGUCCUUCCCUCGGUGGCGGCAGGGUGGGGAAGGCAGCGUUUCUGAUGGCCUUCUAGAGAAGGCACGCCCACGCAGGCAGUUGAAGGGCUGCCCUGGGGUGAGCCAAGUGUCUGCAGCAUGGCACCUGGCGCCUUGGGUUUGUGUGAAGUUAUUUAGACUCUCAGCAGCUGGUUGCAAUUCUCUUGCAAUUGUGUUAAGAUGUAAAAAAUCCUCUUAGUUGAUGGGAGAUACAAAGUACUGUGGCGCUUGGGAGGCUCCAUCUUUAGGUCCCUGAGUUCUUGGAGUCUCUGGUCCCCAUUCAGUAUCCCUCUGUCAAAAUCAGGUCUCCUUGGGUCUCCUCACUGUCGCGGCCACCCCCGCGGGACCAGCCCAAUCACGGCUGCUUUCGGCAUCAGAAGACCGAUUGUGGUGGAGCAGCAAGUGAGGAAAAGGAGCCAGGGCUGCUCAACUUGGGCGAUAAGUGGUUUUCGCUUUGGCUUCAUUUCAGUUCUUCUGUUGAGCUUUGAGCACUUUUGUUGGUGAGACACGACCACAAGUUAACUGUGCUCCUGGAGUUUCAGCCGGCCACGGGUUACCCUGUACCUCCAGUGAGCGCAGCACCCGGGGGCUCUCCGGAGGUGAAGCAAGCAAGGGAAUGUUUUAGGCAAAGAAAGUAGUUCUAGAAAGUAUGCGAACAGCCAAACUGCACUGCGGAAUAUGGGUAUCGGCUCUCUCCUGCAACAUUCUCCGUGAACGGCAGGAUGAUUGAAGGGGGACCACAGUGACCCCCAAAUAAGAAGCCAGCUCCAACCAGGUCUGGGAUUGCGGCACCCCCUCAUUCAAUCUUUGGUUGUUGGUUCUAGAAGCAGGUGCUGUCCUCCGAGUGGAGCAAGCCAGUGUCCGAUGGCAUCUCUGCCACUCUGCUCUGCAAGUCAGCGACUUCCGGGUGGGCACUCCCUGUGGACCUCCAAAACAACCUGAGAGACGGACCUCAGAUUAUAGCCUACCAGACUGCAAGCUGCCCCCAGCGUAUAGAAUGUGUGUAGGAGUGACCCACGGACCUCAGAUUAUAGCCUACCAGACUGCAAGCUGCCCCCAGCGUAUAGAAUGUGUAGGAGUGACCCACUGUGAGAGGCUUUCCGUGCCUGCUUCACCUGUGUUCACGCAAGAGUUCGCUGAUUUCCCUCUUUCAUCAAGGCCAGGUCCACGUCUGGCUGACUGGCGUCGUGGGCUGUAGAACGAACGGAGGCCUUGGACACGAGUAGGGUUUUGCCUUAGAGUUCUUACUACAAAGCGCUCCCAAAGUCAGUUACCAACUAGGGAGCAACCUUGUGAGCAUCUUGGAAUUUGACAAAUGGUGCUGUCACAAAUACUUUUUAAUUGACAAACAAUAAGGUGGUUUUCUUUUAAAUAUUUUAUACAGAUACACAUUUAAAAUAGAAUGAUAGCGUUCUUAAAAUGUUUAAGUGUCUAAGUGAAAGGAUGAGGGAGCAAAGCUGCGCGGGGCCCCUUCCUCGGAGAAAGCCAGGGCUGGUUUGUGCUGACCCGUUCGUUCGUUCGUUCGUUCGUGGGAGGGAAGGAGGCGGCACACGUGGUUCUCUCACCUGCACCACUUUAGCACCACUCGAAUGUGCUGAAUUCCCCCGUUGAAUCACCUGUUCUGAAAGUCCCUCUGCCCUUGCUCUGUGUCAUCUCAGUCGUUCGACCUAGAAAGUGCCCUUCAAAGGACCCUGUUCACUGCUGCACUUUUCAAUGAAUUAAAAUGUAUUUCUGUGUCUA